AUGGGAGAAUUAAUUAUUGAAAAAAAACCAUGUUGUUUAAUUUGUGAUACAGAAGUACAGAUUAAUCAGUCAUAUUCUAUAUUUUAUACUUUUAUUACAAAUUCUGGGAUUCUUUUAGCUAAUUCAUUGGAAAAAAAUUUGUCUCUAAAAGAUAUAGGUACAUUAUCUUUAAGAAGUAAUUUACUUUGUUUAAAAUGCUUUGAAUAUUUUGAACAACUAACUUAUUGUGAGAGCAAACUAGUUGAAUUAAAAGGAGAUCUGUGGGCUGUUUUUAAGAAAACUUGUGAAAAACAUGGAGAAAAAGCAGAAACUUUUAUCAGAGGAUUAUCAACUCAAACAGAUUAUAGAGUGUAUGAAUGCAGUUGUAAAGAAAAUCAAGGAUAUCUGCAAAUUAAAUUAGAAAAUAUGGAUAAAGGAGAAGGGAAAAAGAAUAGUUUAACUGAUAAUCAUGGCUCUAAUAUUAUUACUUCUGAGGAAGAAAUAGAGAAAUCAGAAGAAAAAUUCAGUUUUGAUGAUGAUCCUCAUUUAACUGGUGAAGGUUCUGCAAAAUGGAAUAAAAAACCUGAAUCAUGCAAAUUAUGUGGAAAAUGGUUCAAAAAGAUGUCAGAGCUUAACCGUCACAUGGUUUGUCACCUGGAGAUAAACAGUGAAGAUUCAGUUAAAGAUUCAUUAUCUUCUACAGGGAAAAAAAAAUUCCACUUCUGUAGUAUUUGUAAUAAAAAAUUUAGGAGACCGUGUGAAGUGAAAGAACAUAUGAUGUCUCAUAAUUGUACCAGUCCUUUUAUUUGUAAAUAUUGUGGUAAAAAACUUAAAUCUAAGACUGGAUCCGUAUAUCACGUAUUAAAAACACAUAAAAUUGACGUAAAUGAUACGAAAAAAUUGGACGAACAUUUUUUUAUAAAUUCUAAUGAGUCAAAGAGCAAGAAUGAAAAUAUUCAUACGAAACCAAAGUCAGAAAAUAUAAAACUAAGGGAAGAGGAAAAACAAUGCUCAUCAGACUUUGAGCAAUCCUACAGUUCUGAAGAUGAACUUCCUUUAGCUGAACGAAGAAAGCAAUUAAUUCAUGAAAGAAUUAAAAAGGAGAGUUCCAAAGUAAUUGACAAACCUGAUACGGAUACAACAGAAAAAACUCAAGUGCCUGAGCGAACGAAGCAUAAAUCAAAAAAGUAUCCUUUGUCUUUUUUAAAAAUUAAACGUGAAAAAGAAGAGGAAAUAUUUUCAGUUACUAUAAAAGAACCAAAAUUUAAAUGUGAUGUUUGUGGUAAAAUGUGGAAAACAAAAGGAGAAUUAAAUGCUCAUAAAAUCACACAUUCGGAUGCUCGACCUUAUAUUUGUGAAAUUUGUGGCCAGGCCUACAAGCAUAAACCUGCUUUAGAUGUUCAUGUUGGUAUGCACAGAGGUAUUUAUCAUCAUCAGUGUUCUUAUUGCCAAAAAGCUUUUACACAAAAAGGAGCUUUACAACGACAUUUACCCAUUCACACGGGAGAUCUGCCCUAUCAAUGUGAAUUGUGUGGAAAACGUUUUGUUCAUCGGACAUCUUUUUCUAUUCAUACAAUGGCUCAUACAGGUAUUCGAAAUAUUCGGUGCAAAAUUUGCAACCUAGGAGUACUUAGCAAAAGUCAUCUUCGACGUCACAUGAGAAUACAUACGGGAGAAAAACCGUACAAAUGUCAGACAUGCGGAAAAGCAUUUGCGGAAAGAUUUGUUCAUCACACAAGUUUUAGCAUGCAUAGUUUAGCUCAUACUGGAAUUAGAAACAUCAAGUGUCAAAUUUGUGGAAUGGGCCUACUCAGUAAAAGCCAUCUUAGGAGACAUACAAGAGUUCAUACAGGAGAAAAACCAUUCUCUUGCACAAUUUGCGGCAAAUCUUUUGCUGAGAGGUACAACCUCGUUGCACACCAACGGAUUCACGAUCCAAAUUUAGUGGGACCAACUCGUCAACAGAAAAAAAAAAUUCAAAAUUGUAAACUAUGUAAUGGAACAUUUGACAAAAUUCAAUCAUUGGAAAAGCACAUGGGAAUCGUACACAAUAAAGAUCCAAAUAUUAUUUCUAAUUCUACAGUUUUUGAAACGGAAAAUUCUUCUAAUUUACUUAAAUCUACAACUGAGAAAUUUCAUAUGCAAAAAUUUGAAGAAAAAGAAACAGCUAAUAAUAAAGGAGAUGUAAUAAAUAUUAUAAGUAAUAAUGGUGAUAAUUCAAAUAAUUUACCCGUGAGAAACUUGCAAAAUAUUCACAAUUCUCAUUUAAGGAAUUUAGAACUUUUAAAAAUAUUGGAAAAUGGUAGAAGUAUCGAAUUGUUAAAAAUGCCAAAUGGAACAGGAGAAAUGGAUGAUAAUUUAAAAAUGUCAGCCAGUGGUCCUGUUAUGCCUUGGAAUUUCAACGGUGCCAAUUUAUAA